AAAACUCGAUUUUUCUCCCUUCUGCAGAUCCACCAUCGCCACCAUCACCUCCGUUCUUUCACCUCGGAUCUUCACCAUCCCCUUGCUGAUCUGGUUUUGUUUUUUGUUUUGGGUGGGUUUUUUUGGUUUGUUUGUUUAUAUGCUUUGUUUGUUUGCUGUUUCUUGCUCUGUUCGGUGCAGAUCUGGCGGCCUUCUUUCUCCUCCGGUGGAUCUGUGGUGGCGCGCGAGAGGGCUGCCAGAUCUGACGCCCACCACGGCUCUCCUGCUGGUUUCGAGGAACUACCGCCGCCUGAUCGGGUUACCGUCUGGGUAUCCUGUCACCACCCCCGAGCUUGUUUUGGCUGGGGAUUCUUUUUUUUUUUUUCCUUCUUGCAUAAUGUACCAGUCAAAUUCUGAUGUAUCAAUCGGUAUCCGAAAUUUCGGCCGGUACACCAGAAUUUGACCGGUAUACCCGAAAUUUGACCGAAACGAAAUCUUAACUUAUUCCGUUUCGGUUAACCUCCAAAACCGGUACGUACCGGCCAUACCGGCCGGUACGGUAUGAUACUGACUACAUUGAUAAAUACCCAUCCAAAUU